UAUUAUAUUUCAAGACAACAGUAACAAAUGGGUAAAACAAUAUGUGCUGUGGAAAAUGCACUGGAAGGAGGUGAUGUAUUAUGCAUUACUAAAUUCUUUAUAUGAUCUUACAUGACCAAGAUGUGAUGGUGGAGAAAAACUUUUACGUUUUGGUUGAUUUGAAUCAUCCUAUUUAAGUUCAGUUCUAUUUAAUUUUUCAUUUUAUUUCACAUACCUACAAACUACUUAACUGCUCACCUUUCCUUUCCUUUUUUUCCGACACUGACAGACUCAUACAAUAAGCUACAAGCUUGUCCCACUAGGACAGCGGUAUGGUUGACAAAGUCACCCAUAAUACAGAACUCGUGUUUUAGAUUUCUUCGACCCUAAUUCUAUUUUCAGAAGAGCUUGUUAGCUGCACGUGUAGGAGGCCUGUUUUUCAGUGAUGUAGCCAAAACAUUCAUUUAUCACAUCACAGGAAGAGUACCAGGAAAGUAUAUUCAACAAGUUAAAUCUACUGCUUUAAAAAAAAAAGAAAAAAACAAGUCUUAAAUAAAGCGCUUUCUGUGCUAUUGAACAUAUGGUUGAGAUUGUAGUAUUUCGUGCAUGUGGUAUUGGAAAAUUGUGUAAGUAUGGACGCUUUUUCCAAAAUACAAGUUAGAAAAUGCGGAGAAAAAAAUUUAACCAUGCAACUUUUUUUUCUUUUUUUUUUACAUCUUCAUCAAUCAAUUCAGUAUCUCCAACAAACAACACAUCACCAGUGAAUACACCUUCAACAGUCAAUACAACCUCACUGCCAGUCAACAAAACCACAAUAUCAUUCAAUACAACACAACCAAGCAUUACAGCCUCUCCCCAAGGAAAUACAACAUCAUCACUGCCAGUCAAUAUAACUUCAUCAGCUGUCAACAUAACCACCACCCUAGUGACUGUAACUUUGGAGAAUACGACCUCAAAACUUAACAUCACAACCUCUCCCUCUUCAGCAUCUAUGUCAGCCAACACAACUUCACCACUGGUCAACAUGACAACACUGCGGGUGCACAUGACCUCACCACCAAUUAAUACAACUUUACCAUCAGUAAACACAACGUCACUAUCUGUCAAUGCAACCUCAAAUCCAACCAUUGAAACAUCUCCCACAGGAAAUGCAACAUCACCACCACCAGUCAAUAUCACAUCACCUCCUGUAAACAUCACCACCCCGCAAGUGCACAUGACCUCAACACAAAUUAACUCAACUUCACCAUCUGUCAACACAACCUCACUAUCUGUCAAUGCAACCUCAAAUCCAAUCACUGCAACCUCUCCUACAGGAAAUGCAACAUCACCACCACCAGUCAAUAUGACAUCACCUCCUGUAAACACGACCACAGCACAAGUGCACAUGACCUCAACGCCAAUUAACUCAACUUCACCACCUGUCAACACAACCUCACAAUCUCUCAAUGCAACCUCAAAUCCAAUCAUUGACACAUCUCCCACAGGAAAUGCAACAUCACUACCACCAGUGAAUAUCACCACCUCACCACUAGUUAAUAUGACCACACCACAAGUGGGAAAUGCAACAUCACCACCACCAGUCAAUAUGACAUCACUUCCUGUAAACAUCACCACCUCGCAAGUGCACAUGACCUCAACACCAAUUAAUGCAACUUCACUACAAGUAAACACAACCUCACUAUCUGUCAAUGCAACCUCAAAUCCAACCAUUGAAACAUCUUCCACAGGAAAUGCAACAUCACCACCACCAGUCAAUCUGACAUCACCUCCUGUAAACAUAACCACAGCACAAGUGCACAUGACCUCAACGCCAAUUAACUCAACUUCAUCAUCUGUCAACACAACCUCACGACCUCUCAAUGCAACCUCAAAUCCAACCAUUGAAACAUCUCCCACAGGAAAUGCAACAUCACCACCACCAGUCAAUAUCACAUCACCUCCUGUAAACAUGACCACACCGCAAGUGCACAUGACCUCAACGCCAAUUAACUCAACUUCACCAUCUGUCAACACAACCUCAAGACCUCUCAAUGCAACCUCAAAUCCAAUCAUUGACACAUCUCCCACAGGAAAUGCAACAUCACCACCACCAGUCAAUAUCACCACCUCACCACUAGUUAAUAUGACCACACCACAAGUGCACAUGACCUCAACACCAAUUAAUGCAACUUCACCACAAGUAAACACAACCACACUAUCUGUCAAUGCAACCUCAAAACCAAGCAUUGCAACAUCUCCCACAGGAAAUGCAACAUCACCACCACCAGUCAAUAUCACAUCACCUCCUGUAAACAUCACCACACCGCAAGUGCACAUGACCUCAACACCACUUAACUCAACUUCACCAUCUGUCAACACAACCUCACAAUCUCUCAAUGCAACCUCAAAUCCAAUCCUUAAAACAUCUCCCACAGGAAAUGCAACAUCACCACCACCAGUCAAUAUCACCACCUCACCACUAGUUAAUAUGACCACACCACAAGUGCACAUGACCUCAACACCAGAAUGCAAACUCACCAACAAGUAA